CAUUCCGGGUUCCCCCGGGAGCCAGGCUCCGGAGUUGGGCUGCUUCGCCCUCGCCUCCCCCGCGAUACCCCUCCGCUGGGCGCCCGCCCCGGCCUCGCCGCCUGCCGUUCUCCGCAAAAAAGGCGGCGAGUGAGCGCGCGCCGACGGUCUACAAGGUUUCUCUUUCUCCCCAGGGAGAGCGCGCGGCGGACGCACCCGGGACGCGCAGCGGCACCGGGAGGCCCGGCCCAGCGGGGCUCGGGUCCAGGACCCGGAGCAGGACAUAGGGAGGCCGGUCAAAGUUUUAUUUCCGAUUUGGUGGCGUGCUGAUAGCGCAGCCCGGCGGGGGCGAGUCCGACUGCACCGCGCCCGGCGUGCGCGCGCGCACCUUGGAAUCCGAAUCUGCACAACUAUCCGCCAGGCGUCUGUGCGAGAAGCUGGGAGACCCGCGUCCCCGUUGGGGUGGCUGCACCCUCCUCACUCUCGUUUCCACCGGGCGACUCUUUCCUUUCAGUCACCUAGGUUCACUUUCAAAGUUGAAUCUCCUGCAGUACUGAUUGUAAUCUAACUUCCAAGAUUUUUGUAUAAGAGGUAGAUGAAAAGGACUGUACUUUCAGGUUUUGAGAGAAUACCUCAAGUUGGACUCAAAAGCAAGAUUUACUCCUAAAUUUGAAGUGGAAAAAGGUUGUACAUUAUUACUGUGGAUGCUACUUGUCUAAAUUUCUGUAGCCAUGGCACAAGAAUAUAAGAAAGCAUGGGAUUAUGGCAAUCACAGAGUCCCCGUAAUACAAGUUCCAUUCAGUUUUUUCUGAAAGGAAGCCAUCUAUUAAAGUGAAGCAAAGGAACUAGUGUGGAUUAUAAUGUUUUGAAGAUCUGGAUUUUUCAGAAAUUUGAAAAUAAAGCACCAUUUAACCUUUAAAUGAAAAAGAUUAAGAUCUCAUGCAACUGCUGUGUUUGCUGGAAACCGUUCUCCAAAAGGGACGUGCCCAUUUAAAACUUCGAUAUGAUGGUCCUUUCUUCAGGGAUUUAAGUCUGAUUGCUUUUACAUCAUGACCAGCUUGAAACGGUCCCAGACGGAGAGGCCUGUUGCCACCGAAAGGGCCUCGGUCGUCGGCACAGAUGGCCCUCCCAAAGUCCACACCGAUGACUUCUACAUGCGGCGUUUCAGGUCCCAAAAUGGCAGCUUGGGGUCUUCCAUCAUGGCUCCUGUGGGGCCCCCCCGCAGUGAAGGUUCUCACCAUAUAACCUCAACCCCCGGGGUCCCAAAGAUGGGGGUUAGAGCAAGGAUUGCAGAUUGGCCCCCACGGAAAGAAAACGUAAAAGAAUCUAGUCGUUCAAGCCAGGAAAUAGAAACCUCAAGUUGCCUUGAGAGCAUGUCCUCCAAAAGCAGUCCUGUGAGUCAGGGAAGUUCUGUUAGCCUCAAUUCCAGUGACUCAGCCAUGUUAAAAAGCAUACAGAACACGCUGAAAAACAAGACGAGACCGUCGGAGAACAUGGACUCCAGAUUUCUCAUGCCUGAAGCCUAUCCCAGCUCCCCUAGAAAGGCUCUUCGCAGAAUACGACAACGGAGUAACAGUGAUAUCACCAUAAGUGAACUUGACGUGGAUAGCUUUGAUGAAUGUAUCUCGCCCACAUACAAGACUGGGCCAUCACUGCACAGGGAAUAUGGUAGCACAUCUUCAAUUGAUAAGCAGGGAACAUCCGGAGAGAGCUUCUUUGAUUUGUUAAAGGGCUACAAAGAUGACAAAUCUGAUCGAGGUCCAACUCCAACCAAGCUCAGUGACUUUCUCAUCACCGGUGGGGGCAAGGGAUCCGGUUUCUCUUUGGAUGUUAUAGAUGGGCCCAUCUCACAGAGGGAGAACCUCAGGCUCUUUAAGGAAAGGGAAAAACCACUCAAGCGACGUUCCAAGUCUGAAACCGGAGACUCAUCCAUUUUUCGUAAAUUACGCAAUGCCAAAGCUGAUGAACUUGGGAAAUCAUCGGAUCUUGAAGAUAACCGAUCAGAAGAUUCUGUCAGGCCCUGGACUUGUCCAAAGUGCUUUGCCCACUACGACGUCCAGAGUGUAUUAUUUGACUUGAAUGAGGCGAUUAUGAACAGGCACAAUGUUAUUAAGCGGAGAAAUACCACCACGGGGGCUUCAGCAGCUGCUGUGGCUUCCUUGGUCUCAGGACCGUUGUCCCACUCAGUCAGUUUUAGCUCCCCAAUGGGCAGCACAGAGGACCUGAAUUCCAAAGGAAGCCUCAGCAUGGACCAGGGAGAUGAUAAAAGCAACGAACUGGUAAUGAGCUGCCCUUAUUUUCGGAAUGAGAUAGGUGGAGAAGGUGAAAGGAAAAUCAGCCUGUCAAAAUCAAAUUCUGGUUCCUUUAGUGGAUGUGAAAGUGCCUCCUUUGAGUCUGCACUCAGCUCCCAUUGCACGAAUGCAGGAGUGGCAGUGCUGGAAGUGCCCAAGGAAAACGUGGUGUUGCAUCUGGAUGGCGUGAAAAGGUACAUUGUGGAACACGUGGACCUCGGCGCCUACUAUUACAGGAAAUUCUUCUACCAGAAGGAACACUGGAACUAUUUUGGGGCUGAUGAGAAUCUUGGUCCAGUGGCUGUGAGCAUUCGAAGGGAAAAACCAGAAGAAAUGAAAGAAAAUGGAUCUCCUUACAACUACCGAAUAAUAUUUAGAACUAGUGAGCUCAUGACACUGAGAGGUUCCGUCCUGGAGGAUGCCAUUCCUUCAACGGCAAAGCACUCGACAGCCCGAGGGCUACCCCUGAAAGAAGUGUUGGAGCACGUGAUUCCCGAGCUCAACGUCCAGUGUCUGCGCUUGGCCUUCAACACGCCCAAAGUCACAGAGCAGCUCAUGAAACUGGAUGAACAAGGGCUGAACUAUCAGCAGAAAGUCGGCAUCAUGUACUGCAAAGCGGGACAGAGCACGGAGGAAGAGAUGUACAACAAUGAAUCAGCCGGCCCUGCCUUUGAGGAGUUCCUUCAGCUGUUGGGAGAACGCAUUCGGCUCAAAGGAUUUGAGAAGUAUCGGGCACAGCUUGACACCAAAACUGACUCCACUGGGACCCAUUCUCUGUACACAACAUACAAAGACUACGAAAUUAUGUUCCACGUUUCUACCAUGCUGCCAUACACACCUAACAACAAGCAACAGCUCCUACGGAAGCGGCACAUUGGAAAUGAUAUCGUAACAAUUGUUUUCCAAGAGCCUGGAGCACAGCCAUUCAGCCCAAAAAACAUCCGAUCCCACUUUCAGCACGUUUUUGUCAUCGUCAGGGUUCACAACCCCUGCACAGACAGUGUCUGUUACAGUGUGGCCGUUACCAGGUCCAGAGAUGUGCCUUCCUUUGGACCUCCCAUCCCCAAAGGGGUCACUUUCCCUAAGUCAAAUGUGUUCAGGGACUUCCUUUUGGCCAAAGUGAUUAAUGCAGAAAAUGCUGCUCAUAAAUCAGAAAAGUUUCGGGCCAUGGCAACUCGGACCCGCCAGGAAUACCUGAAAGAUCUAGCAGAAAAGAAUGUCACCAACACCCCUAUUGACCCAUCUGGGAAGUUCCCGUUCAUCUCUCUGGCCUCCAAGAAGAAGGAAAAGUCGAAGCCAUACCCAGGAGCUGAGCUCAGCAGCAUGGGGGCCAUCGUGUGGGCAGUCCGCGCCAAAGACUACAACAAGGCUAUGGAAAUAGACUGCCUCCUGGGGGUCUCCAAUGAGUUCAUCAUCCUCAUCGAACAGGAAACGAAGAGCGUGGUUUUCAACUGUUCCUGCCGAGAUGUGAUAGGAUGGAGUUCAACUGACUCCAGCCUCAAAAUCUUCUAUGAGCGAGGAGAAUGCGUUUCUGUGGAGAGCUUCAUUAACAACGAAGACAUCAAGGAGAUUGUCAAAAGGUUGCAGUUUGUGUCAAAAGGUUGUGAAUCAGUGGAGAUGACUCUGCGAAGGAAUGGACUAGGACAGCUUGGCUUCCAUGUCAACUACGAGGGCAUCGUAGCAGACGUAGAGCCCUACGGCUAUGCCUGGCAGGCAGGGCUGCGGCAGGGCAGCCGGCUGGUGGAGAUCUGCAAGGUGGCGGUGGCCACUCUGAGCCAUGAGCAGAUGAUUGAUCUCCUGAGAACAUCCGUCACGGUGAAAGUUGUCAUUAUUCCCCCCCAUGAUGACUGCACCCCACGGAGGAGUUGCUCUGAAACCUACCGCCUGCCAGUGAUGGAGUACAAGAUGAAUGAAGGAGUUCCGUAUGAAUUCAAGUUUCCCUUCCGAAAUAAUAACAAAUGGCAGAGGAACGCCAGCAAGGGUCCUCAUGCUCCCCAGGUCCCAUCCCAGGUGCAGAGUCCCAUGACCUCGCGACUGAAUGCCGGGAAAGGAGACGGGAAAAUGCCUCCUCCAGAAAGAACUGCCAACAUUCCUCGCAGCAUCUCCAGUGACGGGCGCCCCCUGGAGAGGCGGCUCUCUCCCGGUUCGGACAUCUAUGUGACGGUGUCAUCUAUGGCUUUAGCAAGAUCCCAGCAGUGUCGUAACUCCCCCAGCAACCUGUCUUCAUCCAGUGAGACUGGCUCUGGCGGGGGCACUUACAGGCAGAAAUCCAUGCCUGAAGGGUUUGGAGUAAGCCGCCGGUCGCCAGCCUCCAUUGACAGGCAGAACACCCAGUCAGACAUUGGUGGCAGCGGCAAAUCCACACCCAGCUGGCAAAGAAGUGAGGAUAGCAUUGCCGAUCAGAUGGAGCCAACGUGCCAUCUCCCAGCAGUCUCAAAGGUACUGCCAGCUUUCCGGGAGAGCCCCAGUGGGAGACUGAUGCGGCAGGAUCCCGUGGUUCAUUUGUCUCCGAACAAACAAGGGCAUUCGGAUAGCCACUACUCAAGCCACUCCAGCAGCAAUACCCUCUCCAGCAACGCCUCGAGUGCCCACAGUGACGAGAAGUGGUACGAUGGGGACCGCACAGAAUCCGAACUCAACAGCUACAGCUAUCUGCAAGGUACCUCUGCUGACAGUGGCAUCGACACGACCUCCUAUGGCCCCAGCCACGGCAGCACGGCCUCCCUGGGGGCUGCCACAUCAUCCCCUCGCUCGGGGCCAGGCAAGGAGAAAGUGGGACCCCUGUGGCAUAGUUCCAGUGAAGUGAUCUCCAUGGUUGAUCGGACUUUAGAGACAGAGAGCCAUGGCAUGGACCGGAAAACAGAAUCCUCCCUGAGCUUGGAUAUCCACAGCAAGAGCCAGGCCGGGUCCAACCCUCUGACAAGGGAGAACAGCACUUUCAGUAUAAACGAUGCUGCUUCCCACACAAGUACCAUGAGCUCCCGUCACUCUGCCAGCCCAGUUGUCUUUACCAGUGCCAGAAGUUCACCUAAAGAGGAGCUCCAUCCUGCCACCUCCUCGCAGCUUGCCCCUUCCUUCUCCUCGUCCUCAUCCUCCUCAUCUGGUCCUAGGACUUUCUACCCUCGCCAGGGCGCUACUAGCAAGUACCUGAUUGGAUGGAAAAAACCCGAAGGAACCAUAAACUCCGUGGGAUUUAUGGACACAAGAAAGCGUCAUCAGAGUGAUGGCAAUGAAAUAUCCCACACCAGGCUGCGUGCCUCAACCAGGGACCUGCGGGCAUCCCCUAAGCCAACCUCCAAGUCCACCAUUGAGGAGGAUCUCAAGAAACUCAUCGACCUUGAAAGCCCACCUCCCGAAUCCCAGAAGAACUUUAAGUUCCAUGUGCUCUCCUCGCCCCAGUCUCCUUUUCCUACCACCCCCACCUCAAGGCGGGCCUUGCACAGAACGCUGUCGGAUGAGAGUAUUUACAGUGGCCAGAGGGAGCACUUUUUCACCUCGAGGGCUUCGCUUCUGGACCAAGCCCUGCCCAACGAUGUCCUCUUCAGUAGCACGUACCCUUCUCUCCCCAAGUCUCUCCCGCUGCGGAGGCCUUCGUACACCUUGGGAAUGAAGUCAUUGCAUGGAGAGUUCUCGGCCUCAGACAGUUCCCUCACCGACGUCCAGGAGACCCAAAGGCCCAUGCCCGACCCCGGCCUGAUGCCCCUGCCCGAUGCUGCUGCGGAUUUGGAUUGGUCCAAUUUGGUGGAUGCCGCCAAGGCCUAUGAGGUCCAGAGAGCCUCAUUCUUUGCUGCUAGUGAUGAGAACCAUUGCCCCUUGAGUGCUGCAUCCAACAGUGACCAGCUUGAGGACCAGGCUCUGGCCCAGAUGAAGGCUUACAGCAGGUUGGUCACCCAAUGUAAAGACUCCUCUCCCACUCUGGCUUCUAAAGUGGACCAACUGGAAGGGAUGCUGAAGAUGCUCCGGGAAGAUUUGAAGAAGGAGAAAGAAGACAAAGCCCACCUUCAGGCAGAAGUUCAGCACUUGCGAGAGGACAACCUGAGGCUGCAGGAGGAGUCCCAGAACGCCUCCGACAAGCUGAAGAAGUUCACCGAAUGGGUCUUCAAUACCAUAGACAUGAGCUAGGGCAGGCUGAGGUAGACAGGAGAGAGGGCCCCGGAGAGCCUCUAGUGAGGUUGGGAAGCCCCGUAGUCGUGCCAUUGAACACAUUCUCAGAGCGCCCUCCUCAGCUUCCUACUUGCCCUCUUUCCGGGAGUGCACAGCAAUUGCAGAUCAACAAUCAUUAUCUGCCUUUUGUAGAAAAGAAAAAAAGUAAAAAUUUUAAAAAGUAAAAUAAAAGUUUAACUGCUAAAAUGUGAAUGUCUUUAUUUUUUUGCACAAUAUCUUUAUCUGUUACGUAUUUAAGAAGAAACUGGGCCUAGGACCAGGGUCCCCCUAGCCCAUCUGCCUCUAAUUCUAUCAGCUCUUUCUUAACUAUUUCAGGUAACCCAAGCUUUCCCUCAUUAUCCUGACAAACGUCAUUGUUCCUAGGAAAAUAAAAGUUUUUAAGAAUUGUUUAUUUGGUGAGGGGGAUUUCCUUACCUUCGUUCCUAAAAUGCCUGGGGAGGGAGGUACUGUUAGCCUCUCUUGAAUGACUUGUGCAUGAGCUGGGCAGUUUGUACCUGUCUUACAGAGAUUAGCAGGGUCGGGGUUAUUUAACAACAGCAAGUCAGCGAACCAGAGAGAAGAGAUAGUGCCUGUGGGCCACGCCCCUUUUCAGUCCUACAUGGUGACAUCACUCCCUCCUUCCUCUCCCCAGGGAGAUGGUCCCAGGUGCUGUGUGCUCCUCAGAUCCAGAGCCCCUUUUGGUUUGACUUAAGUGAGUCCCACCAAAUUGGAAUCAGCCUCUCUACAGUUUCCUGGCUCCAAACUAAAAUAUUAUUUUUCAAAUAAAUGCAUUUUGCUCAAAAGUAUAGUUUUGUAUGAAAGUGUGGCAAAAUUGUAUUUUUGGUUCACUCAAAAUGACCCUAUUAAUACAUCCUACUCUCCAAAGCAAGAUUUCACCAGUAUCUGUUACUAGGAAAAGUGAAUGUUAAAUUGUGAAUUUUAGUACUUGCUUGUUAGGAGCAAUGACUGUGAUAAUGGAAUGGGCUUUUGAAACCUGCAUGUCCUACUGUGCAAUUUAAGCACGGCAUUUUCUGCAUCCUUUUGUAGCCACCCAAAGGAUUCUGCUGCAGAAAUGGUUGAUGUGCUAUUUUUCCUGUCUAGUGAUACAACUGCUUUGGGCCCCUGGCCAUUGUUUAAGGCCCUCAGUCCUGCAGAGCACAGACACUGGGUGCACCAGUGUUGAGGGGCCCCAGGGGAGCCCCUGGGGACCCUGUUUCUAGCCUUCAUAACUGUCAGUGAACUGACACCUGUGCCCCAUCAGUGGCAACUCUGGUCUAAGGGGGAGCAUUCAGCAAUCUAGUGUCAUCUGCUUGGAUGUUCCCUGCCCCAAGUAAUCCCAACUCUUUCCUCUCUUCAUCCCUGAAAGACACAGGAUGGAUUUUCCUCUCUUGUCUCCCCACCCCCACCACCAGAUUUUUAUGCUCUAGUUUCAUCCAUGAUUGUGAUUUCUCCAUGGGAUUUUUUUUUUUUUUCUGGUGACAUUUCUAUCAUGGAAAUAGGAAGAUCUCAGAGUGCUUUGUAAAGAUCUCAAUUGUCUCUUUCUCUGUUUGACUUAUAUGAAGGAGAUUGUACAUUGCCUGAUAUCUCUUUGUAAAUGGGAACUAGCACUGACAUCCAAGCAUUCUGAAGGCUUGCUUAUCCUUCUGAGUUUAGUUUUUAUUUUGUUUUACAUUUUGUUUGGGGACUUGGGGCAAGCUAUUUAUUAGAGUUUUGCAACAGAGUUCUUGUUUGAAGCCUUUAAAGACUACUUGUAAAAUUCAAACAAUAAAAUUCAUUUUAAACGCUCUU